GUCCUCUAGGGUAUCAGUGUUACUCUAUCUGACCCUCCAGAGUGGUUCACCUGGGGAGGUGAGGCGGAGGUACCCGUGAGGUGGUUGGGGCCUCCAUCGCCUCCUGGAGUUUUCGUUUUCCUUUUCCCCAGGCAGAGCUGCUUGCGAGUGCCGGGUGCCCUGGCUGCAGCUGCACGCAUCUUCCCAGCCUCCUGAGCCAGUGCCUCCUCGGACCUCCCUCUCCAGGGCCAAGCUCAGAAACUGCGGGUCUCAGAGCCAGAAUCCAUGGAGCUGGGCCACCGACCAGGUACGACCACUUUGACAAGGACCCACCCAAACAACAAGGAGGGCCCGCAGGACAUGGACUCCUCAAGAGCGGCCCAUGGCAACUUGGACAGCUCCAAACUCAAGCACCGUCCUGGGCUCCCUCAGAGCCCUCGAGGCAGCCCCCUGAGCCAGGGCCACUUGGAGAUGCCCCCUCCGCCCCCGACUCCUGCCAGCAGGACCUCGCUGGCCGUGGGCUCACAGCCUGAGGACCUGAAGAAGGGGGCAUCUAGAUCCAGCUUGAGAGAAGCCAGGGAGAGCUCCGAGCAGAGGACAGUCCCUCUGAGCCAGAAGGACAGUGUCAUCCCUGAAAACAUCCGCCACAAGUUUGGGAGCACGGUGGUGGACCGCCUGAUCUCCGAGGAACAGGCUCGAAGGGCCAUUGGUGAAAUCUUUGAGGGCCAGAAGAGGUCAAGCUCAUGGCCCAGCAGGACCCAGAGCCCUGUACAGGUCUCCUCCAUCUUCGCAGACUACUAUGACCUGGGCUACCACAUGCGGUCCAAUUUGUUUCAAGGCCCACCCCAGGAGACAAAGAGCCUCAUGAAGGCUUCCUACACGCCAGAGGUGAUUGAGAAAUCAGUGAGGGAUGUAGAACACUGGCAUGGCAGGAAGACGGAUGAGCUGGGACGGUGGCACCGGAAAAAUGCUAUGAAUAUGAACUUGCAGAAAGCGCUGGAAGAGAAAUAUGGGGAAAGGAGCAAAUCCAGGAGCAAGUAGUUGGAAGGACUUUGGAAGGAAGCUCAAGGAGAGUGCUGUCAAUAAAGAAAGGCCCGGGUCCGAGUCCCGC